AUGGCAUGCCAGGCCAUUCAUUCAUGGACAUUUAGUGGGUUAGUGGGUGCGUUUCUUGAUCUUGCUAUUGCUUAUCUCUUACUCUCUGCAUCCACUAUUGCAUUUUUUGCCUCCAAAUUUCUGGAUUUUUUGGGGCUUUUCUUACCAUGUCCUUUUAAUGGCCUAUUUGGCAACGCCAAUAGCAAUUACUGGUUGAAGAGGCAGUUAAUUGAUUGCCCAAUUGAGACAGUCUCCUGUUCAACUAUUUUACAUGGAAUCUUACAAAACAUAAAUGGAAGCAUUCAUAGAACCAUGCUUAGGUUAUUGCUAAUACGAUUCAUGACAAUGCUAUUGUGUGUGAAAAGUGAAUCAUCCUAUGAAGAGAUAAAGAGUAGUGUGCAGAAGGAACUGGGUUAUGAAGGUAAUGAGAAAAAUGCAAUCAGAAUCUUGGAACAGGCACUUGAAGAAGAACACGCUGCUCGUGCUGCUCUUUACCUUGAGGUUGAGAAGGAGAGAAGUGCUGCUGCUACAGCUGCAGAUGAGGCCAUGUCUAUAAUACCACAUCUACAAGACGAGAAGGUAUCCAUUGAAAUGGAGGCUUGGCAAUACCAGAGGAUAAUAGAAGAAAAAUCUACUUGUGAUGCUGAAGAAAUGAACAUCUGUAAAGAAAUUCUUGUGAGGAGACAGAAAGAGAAGCAUUUCUUGGAAAGGGAAGUUGAAGCUUAUAGGCUGAUGAUUCAUAUUGGAAAUCAACAGUUACAAGAUGACAUUCAGUAA